UACUGGCUUCAAUGGCGCCAUUGAAGCCAUUCCGUUUCUCAUAAAUUUAUAGUCUUCUCUCUCUCUUUCUCUCUAAAAAUGGCAAGAGAAAUGCUCUUUCUUAUUCUUCUUGUACUCCUAGUUCAUGAAACUUGGAGUGCGAAAGAUGGUGAACACUGUGCUCCUUCUUCCUGCGGCAAUAUCCAGAACAUAAGCUAUCCGUUCGCGCUAAAAGGCGACCCAGAAACCUGCGGCGAUCCAAGGUAUAGGCUUUCAUGUGAGAAUAACCAGACAGUGUUAUACUUGUAUGCAGGAAAAUACAACGUGCGGGAAAUCAAUUACACUAACUUCAGAAUCCGAGUUUCAGACUUCGGUAUUCAGGAGAAUGAUAACCACUCCUUCAUCCCUCAUUAUUUUCUGAGGUACGAAAAUUUCACUCUAGGGGAUCCAUAUGUCACAGAGCUUCCAUAUAUCGGAAAGGGCGAUCCUGAUCAGUGGAUAGAGUCUGCUUCGAACUAUCCCAAACUAAUACUAUCACAGCCUGCGGUUUUCGUGAAUUGCGAAAAGCCAACAAUUUCUCCAUUUUAUCAAAACAUUUCUGCUUGCUUUAUGAACUCUUCCAAGAGGUAUAGAUAUAUUCAGGUUGGCUCAAGAACGGAUGCAGUAUCUGUGGAGGACACGUGUCAAGUUGACCAAAUUUCUCUGACGUCGACUGGGAUGUUUUACCCAGAAAAUAAUAUUUCCUGUUCAGACAUCCACAAUGAUAUAUUGGUAUAUGGUUUUGAGCUUUCAUGGCACCAAGUUUAUUGUGGAAGCGGCACUGGAAGAGAUGACUUCUGCUACCUCGAUGACGCCAACAAUGUUCGUUGCUUCACUGUAAAUAAUGGAAAAAGAAGAUUCCUUCGAAAACUAUACCAAGGAGUCCGUGAGUACUGCGUAGAUGGGGUGCGCUAUGAUUUUGUUUGGGGACAAUGGCUGAUCAUCAAGAUUAUUGGAGUAUACCAUGGAGCAAAAGUUGUAUUGGUCAGUCCCUUCAUGAUUGCGUAUUUGAUAUAUAAAUGGGGUAGGAGGCAUUUGUUGGUGUAUGACAGUGUUGAAGAAUUUAUUCAAAGCCAAAACAACCUCAUGCCAAUAAGGUAUUCUUACUCUGAAAUUAAGAAGAUCACUAAAAGUUUUAAGGACAAAUUGGGUGAAGGAGGCUUUGGCACUGUAUUUAAAGGAACGCUUCAAAAUGGUUGUGUCGUAGCUAUAAAGAUGUUAGAUAAGUCCCAAGCUGGGCAAGAGUACUUUAUUAACGAGGUAGCAACCAUUGGAAGGAUUCACCAUGUUAAUAUAGUGCAACUCAUUGGUUAUUGUGUUGAAGGAUCAAAGCGGGCUCUUGUAUAUGAGUUCAUGCCUAACGGGUCUUUGAGUAAUUAUAUUUUUUUGCAAGAAGGGAAUAAUAUCCUUUUAAGUUAUGAGAGAAUAUACAAUAUUGCUCUAGGAGUGGCUCGUGGGAUUCAAUAUUUGCAUCAAGGAUGUGAUAUGCAGAUUCUGCAUUUUGAUAUCAAGCCUCACAACAUUCUUCUUGAUGAGAACUUUACUCCCAAAGUUUCUGGCUUUGGCCUAGCAAAACUGUAUCCAAUAGAUCAAAACAUUGUUUCUUUGACUGCUGCAAGAGGGACACUUGGAUAUAUGGCUCCUGAGUUGUUCUACAAAAACAUUGGAGAUGUUUCACACAAAGUUGAUGUAUAUAGUUUUGGAAUGUUAUUGAUGGAAAUGGCCGGUAGAAGAAAGAACGUAAAUGCAUUUGUAGAACACUCAAGCCAAAUAUACUUCCCUACUUGGGUUUAUGACCAAUUGCAAAAUGGAAACGACGUAGAAUUAAUAUUGGAAGAUGCCACAGAAGAGGAAAAGAAAAUAGGGAAGAAGAUGCUCAUUGUUGCAUUAUGGUGUAUACUGAUGAAGCCUAAUGAUCGUCCUUCAAUGUACAAAGUGAUAGAAAUGCUUGAAAGAGAAGUUGAAUUCUUACAAAUACCUCCCAAACCUUUCCUAUCAUCAACAGAAAGCCCCACAGCCGUUGUCGUAGGGAAUUGAAAGUUCAUCAAGUCAAUCAGAUAAAUCAAGUGAAUCAACUCAAUUUUGGAUGCAAA